AUGUACGACUUUUGCCUUACGAUUCCGUAUGGAAUCGUGCUAGGUCUAGGAGGUCUAGCAGGUUUUGUGAGUUCUGGCAGUACCAUGUCACUAGUAGCUGGUGGUCUCUCGGGUGCCUUCCUGAGCUUUGUGGGUUACUGCAGCUAUAACGAGUACACGCAAAGCCCAGUGACAUCGAAACUCUGGCCUGCCGUCUCGUUGGCUGUCUCUGCGCCGCUCACUGUCAUUAUGGGCAACCGUUACAACAAGACGAACGAGUUCUUUCCUUCCGGUUUCACGGCUGUAUACAGUGGUGGCAUGACCAUUUUCUAUCUGUGGAUACUGACUAAACAAAACAAGCCUCAGUACAAGAAGACACAAUAA